AUGGAUAUCCCUCAGGCAAAUGUGCCUUUGGACGUCAUCGUCGUCGGGGCCGGCAUUGGUGGCAUGGCAGCGGCCUUGACACUAGGCCUGCGAGGCCAUCGAGUGGUGAUUCUUGAGGCUGCACCAAAGCUCAUGGAGGUCGGAGCUGGAAUUCAAGUUUCCCCGAACAUGUUGCGACUCUUUGAUCGAUGGGGUGUUUCGGACUUGAUCCACGCCCAAGAUGUUGCUCUAGAGCAUAUUCACGUCCGGCGAUGGAAGGAUGGCGCCUUACUCGGAACCAUGCCCGUCAAUAAGACUUUCGGACAGCAAGUGGUUAUCCACCGUGCAGAUUUGCACAAUGCCUUGAUUGAGAAGGCUUUGGAAUUGAAAAAUGUGGAACUGCGAGAGAACUCGAUUGUCACUAGUGUCGAGUUCAGCCCGGCUUCGGUCACAUUAGCCAACGGCACAGUAGUGCGUGGCGACGUGGUCAUCGGGGCCGAUGGGAUAAAAUCCACUAUACGGAGCCAUCUGCUGAACGAUACCGCCAUCAAGGCCAUUCCUACCGGAGACGCCGCUUACCGAAUCAUGCUCCCUCGUAGUGUGAUGGAGGCGGAUCCAGAAUUGAAAGAACUGAUCGACGAGCCACAGGCGACUCGCUGGCUCGGCCCCUCACGGCAUAUUAUCGCGUACCCCGUUCGGAAUCACGAGCUGUAUAACGUCGUUCUGCUGCACCCAGAUCGCCAAGAGGUCGAAGAAUCAUGGACGACCAAGGGUUCAAAGCAGGCCAUGGUGGAUAACUACCAAGGAUGGGACCAGAAGGUGAGGAAGUUGAUUGACUUGGUUGACGAUGACGAAGUCCUUGAGUGGAAACUGUGUCUGCAUCGCCCUCUUAAAACUUGGAUCCGGGAAUCUGUGGCUCUGAUUGGUGAUGCGUGUCACCCAAUGCUCCCUUAUGUUGCCCAAGGAGCAGCACAAGCAGUGGAGGACGCGGCGGCAUUAGGAAUCCUUUUGUCGAAUAUCACUGCCCGUCAUGAGAUCCCACGUGCACUGCAGGUCUAUGAAAUGUCUAGAAAACAGCGAGCGGAGACGGUACAGCAGUCGGGCUCCGAAAACCGCAUCACAUUGCAUUUCCCAGAUGGACCGGAGCAAAUAGCCCGUGACAAGCAAUUCAAGGCGGCGGCUAGCGGCUCUAACCCAGACAAGUGGUCUGAUCGUGAGACGCAGCAGUUUCUGUGGGGCUGGGAUGCGGAGCAGGCUUCCUUGGAUGCCUGGAAAAAAGCAGGAACAGACGAGACAAAGGUGAACGCUAGCCUCUAG